AGUGACUCCACCCUCCAUCCAAGUCACCAACUCCACAUUCAAAGAUAUGAUGUCUGUGUUCCUGACCUGCUUGUCAAACGACACUGGGAUCUCCAUCCAUUGGCUCUUCAAUGGUCAGAGUGUGGAGCUCACAGAGAGGAUGGAGCUGUCACAGAACAACCGCACCCUCCUAAUAUACUCUGCGAGGAGUUCACAUUCCGGGGACUAUCAGUGUGAAGUAUCCAAUGAAGUCAGUUCCAAGAGGAGUGACCCCAUCCAGCUGGAUAUAAUAGAACCAGUAACUAAACCCUCCAUCCAAUUCACCAACUCCACGGUCAAAGGCCUGACCUCUGUGAUCCUGAAGUGCUUGUCAAAUGACACUGGAGUCAAAAUCCAUUGGCUCUUCAAAGGCCAGAGUCUGAGGAUCACCAAUAGCAUGAGGCUGUCCCAGAACAACAGCACCCUGGAAAUAGUCCCUGCUAGGAGUUUGAAUUCCGGGGACUAUCAGUGUGAAGUAUCCAAUGAAGUCAGUUCCAAGAGGAGUGACCCCAUCCAGCUGGACGUAAUAGGUGAGUGAACUCUC